UCUCUCUCUCCCUCCCUCCCUCACUGUCUCUCUCUCUCUCCCUCCCUCCCUCACUGUCUCUCUCUCUCACUCUCACUGUCUCUCUCACUCUCAGAGAGAGAAGGGCAGUAGUGGCUUAGCGGUUAAGGUUCUGGGUUACUGAUCAGAAGGUAAAGCCCCAGCACUGCCAAGCUGCCACUGUUGGGCCCUUGAACAACCCUCUCUGCUCCAGGGGGCGCUGUAUCAUGGCUGACCCUGCGCUCUGACCCCAACUGCCUGACAUGCGAAGAAAAGAAUUUCAUUGUGCUGUAAUCUUUGUGACCAAUAAAGACUCUCUCUCUCUCUCUCUCUCUCUCUCUCUCAGGAUGAAGUGGUUAGUGAAGUGUUGAGUGUUGGUGAUGAUGAAUGUGACGGGACACACCCCAGACCCUGUGCUGUCUCUGUCCCCUGUCCUGUCCCAGCUGAACUGCACUGUAGUGCCCCCUGUUCCCCCCCUGCGCUAUAACUUCUACGCUGUGUUGUUGGUGUUGUUGAUCUUCUGUGUGGUGUUUGGAAACGUGUUGGUGUGUGUCGCUGUUUCGAGGGAGAAGACGCUACAAAACACCACCAACUACCUCAUCGUCUCCCUCGCUGUCUCUGACCUGCUGCUCGCCACGCUCGUCAUGCCCUGGGGGGUGUACCUGGAGGUGGUGGGUGAGUGGAGAUUCAGUCGUUUACACUGUGAUGUGUUACUGACUCUGGACGUGAUGAUGUGCACAGCGAGUAUCCUCAACCUGUGUGCCAUCAGUAUAGACAGGUACACAGCUGUUGCCAUGCCGAUGCUGUAUAACACACGGUACAGCUCGAGGAGGAGAGUGGUGCUGAUGAUCACCUUCGUCUGGUUCCUGUCUUUCGCCAUCUCCUGCCCCCUACUGUUCGGUCUUAAUAACACAGAGAGUACAGAGGGGCGGGACUGCAGCUUUACUGAUCCCGCGUUUGUCAUUUACUCGUCUGUCGCCUCCUUCUACGUUCCCUUCAUCGUCACCCUGCUAGUGUAUGUGCAGAUCUGCGUGGUGCUGCACAGACGAGGCAGACGGACGGCUCCAAGCUGCAGACACACAUCGACCACGGAGCGAGCAGACACCCUGUGCAGACACAAAAAUAAAUGGACUCAUCCCGAGGAUGUGAAACUCUACACACUAAUAAUGAAGCCAACGCCCACAAAUGCACCUCAACAAAAAAAAGUGACGUUGGUAAAGGAAGUGACGGAUUGUCCUCUGGACUCAGGGUCAGUGUGUUUACAGAAGCGUGCAAAAACUUCUGUCUCUGUUUCUAUGGUACUGGGCCACGCCCCAUCAUGCCCCACCCCUUCAUGCUCCGCUGUAUCCACCUACCCCCAAGCUCAGCUAGGAUGGAGGAAGAGGGACGGAGGAAGAGAGAGGAGAGGAGGGGAGAAGGAGAGAACAAGAGGGCGAAUGUCUCAGCAGAAGGAGAGGAAAGCAACACAGAUGCUCGCCAUUGUACUAGGUGUGUUUAUUAUCUGCUGGUUGCCCUUCUUCCUGACCCACGUGUUGAAGGCUCACUGUGGAAGCUGCUGCAUCUCUCCGUCUCUGUACAGCACCGUCACAUGGCUGGGCUACACCAACAGCGGGGUCAACCCCAUCAUCUACACCACCUUCAACAUUGAGUUCCGCAAAGCCUUCAGCAAAAUUCUGCACUGCUGACC